AAACCAACUGAGCCGCUCUGUUUAGCAAUCUUGAGAAACCAGAAAAAAAAAAUGGCAGCAGAAGAAGUGGCGCUGGAUCUGGAUGAGCUCCGACAUAUUCAGAGCAUUGCAAAACGACCUCGUAUCCUCAAUCUCAUCUCCUCCGAAAUCAGCAACUUGGAAAAGUUGUCAAAAGAGGCUGCUCCAAAACCUACCUUGCCGAUUCCUGCUCCUAUUUCUACUGGAGUGAAGAUGCCUUCCUCUCCAGCUCUGAAUUAUGUUACACUCGGGUCAUUCAGCUGGGAGCAAGAUGCUGAUAAAGUCAAGAUAUAUAUAUUUUUGGAGGGAGUUGAUCAGGAGAAAAUGGAGACUGAGAUAAAACCUACUUCCUUUGAUAUCAAAUUGCAUGAUGUCCAAGGAAAGAACUACAGAUGUGCCAUACCUAAACUUCACAACAAGAUUCUGCCAGAGAACUGUAAGGUGCUAGUUAAGCCUACAAGGGUUGUGAUCACAUUGACUAAAGCUUCAAAGGAGCAUUGGCUGGAUCUGCAUUACAAGGAGGACAAGCUGAAACCGAAUCUGGAUAAGGAGAAGGAUCCUAUGGCAGGAAUUAUGGACUUGAUGAAGAAUAUGUACAAUGAAGGAGAUGAAGAAAUGAAGCGAACAAUUGCCAAAGCAUGGACUGAUGCCAGAUCUGGAAAGACAGCCGAUCCACUGAAGGGGUUCAAAUAAAAUGUGAAUUCAAUUCCCUAGCUUUGAAUGAGUUGGUUUCCUAGUGAUAUUUUAUCCUACUUAUGUACUAGUUUUUGUUGGAACCCUUCGUUUGAAUCGGUUUACGUUAUUAUAAGAAGAUUCUACAGUUAAAGAAUUGUCUAAAAA